AUGCGGACCCUCAGCUGUGACUCCGCUCCACGACUGACCACCGUGCCCCUGGGCCGAAGAGCGACAGAGUGCCAGAUUCCGGAGACCAGCCUGAGGAAGUCCUGCAGGAUGGCCACCCUGGAGAACGGCUCGGGGCCAGGCUUGUACAUCCUGCCGUCCACUGUGGGCUACGUCAACCACGACUGCACCAGGGUGGCCAGUCCUGCCUACUCACUUCUCCGGAGGCCCAGCGAGGCACCUCUGCAGGACACCAGCCCCGGACCAGUCUACUUCCUGGACCCCAAAGUCACCCGCUUUGGCCGCAGCUGCACCCUUGCCUACUCCAUGCAGGGCCGGCGCAAGCCUCGGGAUCUGGAGGUGACGCCAGGCCCUGGGGCCUACAGCCCAGAGAAGGCACUCCCUAUGUGUCACCGGACAUCCCCAGCUUUCACGCUGGGCUCCCGCCUCCGCCUGAGGCCCCUGGAUAACUCAGCUCCUGCCCCGAAUGCCUACACCAUGCCCUCUCUCUGGGGCUCGCAGAUCUUCACCAAGCCCAGCAGCCCCAGCUACACAGUGCUGGGCCGAACGCCCCCCACCCGCCCCCCACAGGAUCCUGCUGAGAUCCCAGGCCCAGGCCAGUACGAUAGCCCAGACCUGAACACUUACCGUCAGCGCCGGCCGGCCUUCACCAUGCUGGGGCGGCCCCGUGCAAUGCGCCUCCUGCAGGAGACACCUGGCCCUGGCACCCACAGCCCAGAGCAGGUCACUGUGAACAAAGCCAGGGCCCCAGCAUACACCAUGGGCAUCCGCCACUCGAAACGGGCCACCACCAUGGCCACUGACACCAUGCCCUGA